AUGAAGACCCAAAUCGUGGCUUUUCUCAUGGUUACCGUAGCCCAAAGUCUCGCCCUUGACAUCGACAGCCCAGUAGCCGCAACCAUUGUCACUACGGGAGCAGAUAACACGGGGGUGGGCGCUGGGGCAGCGGCGGCUGCACCAUACGUGGGCAUUGGAACUGGUGGAGGAGCUGGAGCUGGAGGAGUUGGGGGUGGACUUGGUGCUGGAGUCAGCAACACUGCAGUGGUCCAAGUUGCGAGCAGUGUCAAUCCCGCAGCUGGAGGCGGCGUCGGCUCUGGUAUCGCUGUUGCUGCGCCUGCUGCAGUCGGAGCGGGAGUGGCGUGA